AUGCUACACUGCUUAUAUAUAUGGUUUGGCAUCAUGGAAUUCAGGCUCAACUAUCAUCUUGGCACGGGAGGUGGUGGGCGCGAAACAAGAUACAGUGUCUGCCAAGUGCUUAUUGACAAUUGUGUUCCGCACGCCAUAUGGUUUGAAGAUGCUCUUGUUCACUACGACGUUCCCACUGCCGUCUUUGACCUAUAUAUUCUUGUUGAUGAUAUCGAUAUGGCUGCCAAGAUUCUUGCUAAGGUGGGGUGGCAUUUCGAUAUGCAAAUACCACAUCUCAUCGGGAAUGCGGAGGUGCAUUUGUUGGUCUUCCCUCAUAAGCGAUUGAUAUCACCGGACGACGAGACGAGAACGGUUCUCCUUCCCGCAGCAGACUGGAAGUUCCCUCUAACAUCCAACACCCAAUUGGAACUUGUGCCUUUAAAAGUUAUGCCAUCGCUCAAGGUGCCAUUUCCGCCACUGGCAGGUUUCCUGGAUGCACUGAUCGAGAGCUGGCUAGAUUGUCCUAGCAAUUAUGAGACGCUAUCACUUGUUUUGGCUUGCCAAAUAUCCUAUCUCUACGCGCAUGUCCCCGCUUUGAAACAGAAGUCAUUUGCCGAACAACUGAGAUAUGAACAUCGUCAGUUUCAUUUCGAUGUAUUGGCGGGAAUGGAAACAGGUACCAUUCCAUUUCGAAGGCAUCAGCUAGCUAUUCGUGAUGCGCUGUUACAGGGCCAGUAUGAGUUACGGGAUUGCUCCGCUUCUCGCGAUAAUAAAGAUCUGUUCAACCCCUUUGGGGGAAUCAGUUUUGAACCACUUCGGAAGGAGCAGCACGAUGAGGGUACUCAUGAAUACUACUUAGAAAAAGAUACGAGGGAGUCUCUUGCAAAGUGA